GACAAACUGCGGCGAAACGCCUCGGCAGAGGGUGUGCGCAAAACGCAGAUUUAUCAGGGUCUUGAGUGUGAGGUUCUCGUAGGUGUCCACGAAGUUAGUCAACAGAAUGUCAUCGAAGCGGUCGAUUUCUGUCCUGAGCUGCUGAAGGAUUGGUUCGUUGGAGGCCAUCUCAUGCGCCUCGCGCGGGAGACCCAUACUGAAGAUGAGACCAACGGGAAACGGCAGCUUGCUGAUCUGGUUGUGCAUGAACUCUCGGAGACGGCUCCGGGCGCGAAAGUUUUGGGUGGCGCUUUUAACGAUCACCACAAACCGGUAGACCUCCGUACCGCGUUGGUCCUCGGUGCAAACACUUUUGCUGGUGUUGAGAACUGA